CUCCAUCACAUUUUCACCACUUUGGCAAACAUCUAUAUAUUACUAGUAUAUCAGUGUGUGUGUGUGUUUUAUCUGAAAAAUUCCCUUCCUUAGAUAGCGUCGUUGUUAGUGUUGCCAACUAAAAAAAAUGAGCUUUUCCAGUAUCCUUUAUUUGUGAUCCUUUUUGCCUUGUUUGAUUAGUAUUAGUAAGCUACAAGGCAUGUCUCUGGGCAGAUGGAAGAGGGAAGAGGCCUCCAUGGCCACCUUCCACGGCCGCCGCCUCUCCGAGACCACCCUCGCCGCCGUGGAAUCACUGGCCCUGCCCCUUGUGCAAGAAGUGGUGUUUUUGGCUGAUUUCCGGUGCCCCAAGUGCCAGAGGAGGGUGGCGGAGAUUAUGGCCAAAAUGAAUGGGGAAACUCAAUCGGUGGUGAUUAGUGUUUUGGAGAAGACGGUGACGCUGACGCUGACGUGUGAGGGAAAGCCGGCCAGCCGGAGCUCAAGGAGCAAGACUCCCCUAUUGUUGCGCCUAUUGCGCUAUUCUUGCAAUUAACUUCUAACCUAAAUAUAAAAUUUAUGUACAUGAGGAUCAAGACACAUUUACUAGUGCAUAUUUGUAAAUAAUAUUCUGUCACAAUUGAACCAUGUUUGGAACAUUUCUUUCUUUUUUAUUUUAUUUGAAGAAAUAAAAACAAAUUUGGUAAA